UUUCACGGAGCGGAAGCGCGGGCCGGGGCUGCCGGGCCUACCGUCUGCCGGGCAACGGGCUCCGGGAGGGCGGCUGCGGCCUGCACCGGCGGCCGGACGGGACGGAGCGGGCCCGGGACUAGCCCGGCGUCCCCCCGAGCAGCCUGGCCAUGAGCGCCGAGCUGAAGGUGACGGGGCAGAACCAGGAGCAGUUCCUGCUGCUGGCCAAGUCGGCCCGAGGCGCCGCCCUGGCCACCCUCAUCCACCAGGUGCUGGAGGCCCCCGGGGUCUACGUCUUCGGGGAGCUGCUGGACAUGCCCAACGUCCGGGAGCUGGCUGAGAGCGACUUCGCCUCCACGUUCCGGCUGCUCACCGUGUUCGCGUACGGGACGUAUUCGGACUACCUAGCGGAAGCCCGGAACCUGCCCCCCCUCACGGAAGCGCAGAAGAACAAACUGAGGCACCUGUCAGUUGUCACGCUAGCCGCCAAAGUCAAGUGCAUCCCGUACGCCGUGCUGCUGGAAGCGCUGGCGCUGCACAACGUGCGGCAGCUGGAGGACCUGGUGAUCGAGGCCGUGUACGCCGACGUCCUCCGCGGCUCCCUGGACCAGCGCAACCAGAGGCUCGAGGUCGACUACAGCAUCGGGCGCGACAUCCAGCGCCAGGACCUCAGCGCCAUCGCCCGAACCCUGCAGGAGUGGUGCGUGGGCUGCGAGGUGGUGCUGGCGGGCAUCGAGGAGCAGGUCAGCCGGGCCAACCAGCACAAGGAGCAGCAGAUGGGCCUCAAGCAGCAGAUCGAGAGCGAGGUGGCCAACCUGAAGAAAACCAUCAAGGUGACCACGGCGGCCGCGGCGGCCGCGGCGGCGGCCACGUCCCAGGACCCCGAGCAGCACCUGACGGAGCUGAGGGAGCCCGCUCCCGGAGCCGGCCAGCGCCAGCCCAGCAAAAAAGCUUCCAAGGGCAAGGGGCUCCGGGGCAGCGCCAAGAUCUGGUCUAAGUCCAACUAAAAGGGGCCGCCCCAGCUCCGGGCAGAGCAUGAGGACGCUGAGCCCCCGGUGCCUCCCGUCCCCCGGGCCGGGGGACCGGGGGAAGCCCCCCGUUGCGUGUCAUCUCCCACCGCCCCCUUCCCGGCCCUUUUGGUGCCCCCUCGGCGCCUCCCGGGCGGGACGUAGAUGUCUGUGAGUGUCCCCGCCGCCCGCCCCUCGGCUUGGGGGGUCCCAGGUGCCCGCGCGCGUCCACGCGGGGGUACGGGCCCCGGUUCCGCCUCCGGGAGUCCGUGCCCACGGGUCCGCCUGGGGGAGGGCCACAGCUGAUUCGGCCCCUCCACCCUGGGGCGAAUCUCCAAGGCCCCAGACCCGGCACCCCACGGGUGCCCUGCCGCCCCCGCCCCAGAUGAGGGGAGAGGGGCCGUGGCCGGGGGCAAGCCGGCCCAAUGCAUUUUUCCCCCCGGAUUGAGUCGCAAAUUGUAUAAAAAAAGUCUAUAGAAAACUAUAUAACACAACACAGAAAUAAACCUACUGAGGUCUAA